UGCAGCUUUCCCCCACCCCCGCCUUUCUGCGGCGCACCGGGCGACCCGCCUCCCUAUAUAAAGCACGGACGGCGCAGGGAGCCUCUCUACUGCCUCCAGGAUGAAUUUCGGAUCGGAUUCUCACUACUUGGCCUCUUCCUACAGGAAGAUCUUCGGGGAGCCUCCCCGCUACUCCUCCCGCCUGGGCAGCUCGACGGCGGGCAGCAGCUACCGCUCGCAGUCGGCGUCCCGCAGCAGCCAUGCCGUCUCGUACCGGCUGGCGCAGGCGGAGAGCCUGGACCUGAGCCAGGCGGCGGCGGUGCACGACGAAUUCCGCCUGACGCGCACCAACGAGAAGGAGCAGCUGCAGGGCCUCAACGACCGCUUCGCCGGCUACAUCGAGAAAGUGCGGCAGCUGGAGCAGCACAACCGACUGCUGGAGACCGAGCUGGGCGCGUUGCGGCAGCGCCAUGCCGAGCCCAACCGGCUGGCCGAGCUGUUCCAAGCCGAGCUGCGAGAGCUGCGCGCCCAGCUGGAGGAGACCGAGGCCUCCCGGGCGCAGGCGGCGCUCGACCGCGAGCGGCUGGCCGAGGAAGUGCAGCGCUUGAGGGCGCACUGCGAGGACGAGGCCCGUGCCCGGGCGGAGGCCGAGCAGGCGCUGCGGGCGCAGCAGCGCGAGGUGGACGGCGCCACGUUGGCGCGCCUGGCACUGGAGAAGAAGGUGGAGGCGCUGCUCGACGAGCUGGCCUUCGUGCGCAAAGUGCACUCGGAGGAGCUGGCCGAGCUGAGCGCCUCGCUGCAGGUGCCCGCACUGGCCACUGUCGAGCCGGACGCCACCAAGGCCGACCUGACGGCGGCCCUCAAGGAGCUGCGCGGCCAGUACGAGGUGCUGGCCGCUAAGAACCUGCAGGCGGCCGAGGAGUGGUACCGUGGCAAGUUCGCCAACCUGAGCGAGCAGGCGGCUCGCAGCAACGAGGCCAUCCGCGCCAGCCGCGAGGAGAUCGGAGAGUACCGCCGCCAGCUGCAGGCGCGCACCCUCGAGGUGGAGAGCCUGCGCGGCGCCAACGAGUCCCUCGAGCGGCAGCUGCACGAGAUGGAGGAGCGCCACCACGCCGAGGCCGUCGGCCUGCAGGACACUGUCAAUCAGUUGGAGAGUGAUCUGAGAGACACAAAAAGUGAAAUGGCUCGGCAUCUGAGAGAAUACCAAGAUUUGCUCAAUGUCAAAAUGGCCCUGGAUAUAGAGAUAGCAGCAUACAGGAAACUGCUGGAGGGUGAGGAGACGCGUUUUAGCACUUCAAGCAUCAGCAUUUCAUCAAUGAAUCCCCCUUCCAACCCCACUUACUCCUUCCAGCCCAGGUUCUUCAGUUCCUCUAUGGCCAGCAGUUCCAAAAUAUCCCCCACUUUCUCUUUUAAGAAAGAGGAGAAAGAAGAGGCUAAAUUGGCUUCAAAAAUCUCAUCAAGCCAAGUAGGGGAAGCCUUUGCUGAAAUGAUUGAGGAGACCAUAACAUCCACUAAGAAAACUGAACGAACAAAUCUGGAAGAGGGGGGUGCUGCAAACCAAAAAGUGUAACCUUUCACCUUAAGUACAAUGAACCUUUAACGGGGGAACAAUAUAGCUUAGACCUUUAAAUUGCCUAUGCCUGAAUUAAGGUGCUUACCAGCUCAUGUACACAUAAAGUUCUAAUCACAUCACUAGACUAGUUUAGUAAGAGCACCACAUCCAGAAUCACUAGGAGGAAAGAAAGGGGAGGGGGCUCAAAGUUUGAUGUUUUCUGGGGAGGGACUGUAGGAAAACUAGUUGGCAAACUGCAGAGUUAUAUAAUAGCCAGAUCUCACAAUUUCUAAAUUAAGCAAAGAGGGAAGUCUCAGAAGUGCAGCUAGUAGGAAAAGGUAAAACCUACACAUUAUAGUUAAUGACUCAGGGCUCCUUCAUGAUGUCUGACUUAAUUGCUGAACCUGCUAUUCAGUAUCAGUUGAAAAGUGAACCCCCUUCACAGGUAAGAUACAAAAUAUCCAGGAAUUGCACCUUGUCAGGGAAGUGCAGAUUAAUCUUCAUUACCUGUGUCUUGAAGGCAAGUAAUUAGAUGAUUUAUUCUGUUUCCAGUUCUUCUGGACCAUAGGGAUAGAGAAAAUGGGGCAUUUUGUUUGCCUUGCUGUGUCGUUGGUGUACUCUAGAAAGAAGCACAAUGCAUUCAAAAAUACUAGGAGGAAGCUACUGACAUUUAUAAGGUGCAAAUGUCUUUAGGAAGAUAAAUACUAAGCCACACAAUAACUAUGGACAAACUUUCUGUACCAAUGCACAUGGGAGCUCUCUGUCAUAUGAUAGCACAUAGUGAAGAUGCACUUAAGUAUAUCUUCGUUAUCUUGGGAUUGCUCACUGGUGCAUCUUCCCCUUUUAAAAAACCUACAUGGUAAAAUAAUUAGGAGUAUUAGAGCCCUGCUUUUCUGUUAGAAGCAUGGACAGUCAUUUCUGUGAUUACAUUGUGAACCAUUGUUCUGUCCAUUUCACUUUGUGCCAUAUUUGUAGAUUUAAAAUAGUAAUUGCUUACAAUCAGUAGUGCCAGCAAAUAAGAAUAAAGGAAACAGGUAUGCUGUAAUCAGUUCCGAGGUUUAGCUUUAGCCUUGUAUGAAAAUAAGGCUAAAAGAAAAAAGAUCCACUCUCUUGAGUUUUCUCUAGAGCACAGAUUCCUAACUUCGUUUCAAAAGAUGAGAUAUCUGGUUUCCUAUUGCCAUAAUCGGCAACUCAAAACCAUGGAUAUCCUGGCUUUUGAUUCACUAUUAGAAGGUGUAGUAGAAUUAUGCCAGAAUUAUGCCAGCUGCUUAUUUCUAUAUUAUGGAAAGCAAUAUGGGUUCUAUGUGCUGUAUUAGAGACAAAGUUUGUUAAUAACAUACUAUUAAGGUAUUUUUUCUUAAUGUAUUUUCUUAAAUGUACUCACUGCCACAUGAUAACCUCACCAGUGUAUUGUAGUGGUUCUUCUGCCUUUUCUCUAAUAGACUUAGAGGAGCAUAUUUAUUAACCUUGCCAGCCAGACUUGGAAAUGAUGCAGCUGCACACAUACACAGAAUCACUUCUGCUUGGUAAAUAACAACUGGUGCUGUAGACUGAUUAAUGAAAUUCUGACCAUUUCAAGACACUGGCAGACUGAAUCCACAUGUUUGCAGCAAAUGACACAAACAAGUAGAGUCACAGGGAGGAAAGAUUCACACCUACUAUUUUCUCAAAAAGGAAUCCUGAUAAGAUAGAAUCCAAUCUUCCAUCUGGAUCUGCUAAUCUUCAGUGCACCUUUUCAGUCUACCAUUUGAAUAUGUGCCAAGUUUUAUAUAGAACUUACUAGUGUGGAUUUUCUUUCAAUGCCUUAAAAUUGCCAGCAGAAUUUGCUUCCUGCAAAAGCUGAAGAUUGUGUGUUAUUGUGAUGUGUUUGCAUUAAUGCAUCCUGCCACAAGGUUUGAUCACACAAAACCAUCAUGUCCUAUCAGUUUCACUGCAAUAGUUUCCUGAACUAACAGAAACUGUUUCGCUCACAUUCUUUCCUCCUCUUCUGUAAGGCACAAAUAAAUAAAGAUGACAUGUCUUGAGGCA